AUCUCAAAGCGUUGCGCAACGUUUUGCUAAGGUUUCCGGGAUGAAAGACAUGUUUACUGGAAACGGUUUGCAACAGGAUUUGAGAUACGUUUUCUCUUGUUUGGUGGCUGUGUCAAGAACAUCAGCCCAAUCAGCAGCAACAUAUCACAUACUAUCAGGUGACAGGAGAAGCCCAAGGUUUGGACAGGUGAGCUACGAUUUGGCUUGGCUGGAAACUACCUGAUUUUUAUCAAGAUUAAUUAAAAAAGACUUUCCCAUCGUUUAAAAUCAAGCAGCCUUAAAACAAUCCUCAUGGGCGCUGUUGUGUAAUUUCUAGCUAUUUUAAUGUUCAUUGACACAACUGUUGUUACCAGAGCUGUUAAAAAGUACCUUGACAAAAGAUACUUGUUUUAAUACUUUAAAAGGAAAGUCAAGUGAAACAUCUCGCUAGUGGGAAUUUUUUUGGUAAAGUUUCCAGGAACAUGUUUUCGUAAAGUGUGCUGACAGUGGGUCACAUAGCUUCACGGCUUUAUUUAGCAGCAUGGCCUUUUGGAUAUUAUGUGGAAUAUUAAAUGUGAGUUUCCUUUGAACACCAAACCUAAUCAAUUUGUUCUGACAUCAAAAGAAGAAGGGUUUUUGUGUCUAGCCCUCUUAUUUAAGGACAAAUGAUACUGAGCAUUUAUCAUAGCCCUGAUCAUAACACACAGUAUGAGUUGCUUUGACAAAGAUCAUUCUGGCUGGUUGACAUUUAAUAAAUAUGGUGGAAAAAUGAAUACAUUAAGGGGGCUGUUCUUCAGAAGCUGGUCAUCUGAUGUUCGGUUAGAUGGUAAAACAGCUAUAGUGACUGGAGCAAACACUGGCAUUGGGAAAGAAACAGCCAAAGACCUCGCAAAACGGGGUGCACGAGUGAUCCUGGCCUGCAGAGACAUGUUUAAAGCCGAUCAAGCAGCAUCUGACAUCCGCAGAGAGGUGGAGAAUGCCAUUGUGGUUACUUGUAAACUGGACCUGGCUGACACCAAAUCUAUAUGUGACUUUGCCGAGCUGAUAUACAACACUGAAAAAUCUCUUAAUUUUUUGAUUAAUAAUGCCGCAGUGGCAAUCUGCCCAUAUUCCACAACAGCAGAUGGCUUUGAGAUGCAGUUCGGAGUCAAUCAUUUAGGACAUUUCUUUCUCACGUUCCUCCUUAUGGAUCUGUUGAAGCAUUCAGCUCCUUCCAAAGUGAUUAAUGUCUCCUCAUUGGCUCACUCCAUGGGAAAGAUCAACUUUGAGGAUCUGAACAGUGAGAAGAGCUAUCAUCCUGUGAUGGCCUACGUACAGAGCAAACUGGCCAAUGUACUCUUCACACGAGAGCUUGCCAGAAAAGUGGAAGAGAUAGGGGUGAGUGUUUACGCCGUCAACCCCGGUGUAGUGAAGACAGAUCUCGUCCGGCAUAUGAAAAAGUCUGUUCAGUUCUUUGUCAAGACAUUUGGCUUACUGAUAAAAACUCCCGCAGAGGGUGCAUAUACCACCCUGUAUUGUGCUCUUACCCCUGGCCUGCCCAGUGGAGCCUACUACAGUGACUGUGCUGUGGCGCCCGGCUCCAGGGCAGCUAUUGAUAACAACACCGCAAGCAGAUUGUGGGCUGCCAGUUGCCACCUGCUGGGCAUUCGCUGGAGAUGAUACAGCAUCCACCACAGUCUUAUUUCACACUAAUGCACUUAUUAAAUAUGAUAAUAACCCAGUUUCAACAGCAGCCCAUCUGGGGCCAUAUCUAUGUUGCUUGUGCAGAUGGGUACUUAUGAUUGACUUAUGACGGUUUCAGCAAAAUAAUCAAACGUUAACUUCUGGUAGACCUCCGCAGAGAAUCAAUAACUAUUGAGCAGUUUAAUUUCAUGCAAUUAAUAUAUUAUGAAAUGUGAAUUAAUAUGAAGGAAAUGUUAAAUAAUUGUAACAAAACAUAGACCGGAAGUUAGCUUCGAAACCAGUCAGACGUUAUAGUUUGGACACCAGUCUGAUGUGAUUAGCUGGUAACGGUGAUUGUCUUUUGUUGUGAUAAAUAAGAUGCAAGAAAGUGAAAAUAAAUCUGUAAAUCUAUCUACACUGCUUAAAAUAAAUAUGGUAAAACGCGUUCUUUGCAGCUAACGUCACUUUUCUUACCUUUGUCUGCAAGAGCUUUUUCGAGGUUAAUGUUUUUUUAAACACAAGAGAGCUGGAUUGUGUUGGCCGCAAAAUAAAUGUUUAUUGUGAGAUCAAACAUUAAAACAUAUCUAUACAAAAUGUAAUAGAGGCACCAUAAUGUACGUGUAUACAACAGUCCAUAAUGCCUCGAGACUCGCAGAAACAUCCGCACGACACGUAGGAAUAAAUUGGGACGAACCAAGACUCUUUUGGGGGGACCCACCCGCAGGCACAUUUAAAAAUAAUGUACUUAAAU